AUGUUUCUGUUGGCAAUAACAUGUGCAUAUGUAGCCAAAACACUAUCUGGAUCUUAUAUGAAUUCCAUGCUCACACAAAUAGAGAGACAAUUCAACAUCCCAACAUCUCUAGUUGGAUUUAUUAAUGGGAGCUUUGAGAUUGGAAAUCUUUUGUUGCUUAUAUUUGUGAGUUAUUUUGGAACCAAACUGCAUAGACCUAUAAUGAUUGGUGUUGGAUGUGUGGUUAUGAGCCUAGGGUGUUUCUUACAAUCACUACCUCAUUUCCUCAUGGGCCGAUAUGAAUAUGAAUCUACAGUUUCAGUUUCAGGCAAUUUGUCCUCAGACAGUUUCUUGUGUGUGGAAAAUGGAACCCAGAUUUUCAGACCAACAGAAGAUCCAUCAGAAUGUGUGAAGGAAGUUAAAUCAUUUAUGUGGGUGUAUGUACUAGUAGGAAAUAUUAUACGUGGAAUUGGUGAAACUCCCAUCAUGCCAUUGGGUAUUUCCUACAUAGAAGAUUUUGCCAAAUCUGAAAACUCUCCUUUAUAUAUUGGGUUUAUAGAAACAGGAGCUAUAAUUGGUCCUCUGAUUGGACUUUUGUUAGCAUCAUUCUGUGCAAAUGUUUAUGUUGACAUUGGAUCUGUGAACACAGAUGAUCUGACCAUAACUCCCACUGAUACUCGUUGGGUUGGUGCAUGGUGGUUUGGCUUUUUGGUUUGUGCAGGAGUGAAUGUGCUCACUGCCAUUCCUUUUUUCUUUUUGCCCAAAACACUUCCAAAGGAAGGACUAACAGAUAAUGCUGAGGUCACUAAAAAUGACAAAGAAGAGAAACAAAAAGAAGUCAAGAAGGAAAAGGAUGGAAUCACUAAAGAUUUUAUACCAUUCAUGAAAAGUCUUUUAUGCAACCCAAUUUACAUGCUUUUCAUUCUAAUAAGUGUGAUACAGUUCAAUGCAUUUGUUAAUAUGAUCUCCUUCAUGCCUAAAUAUCUGGAACAGCAAUAUGGAAAAUCAGCUUCGGAUGCAAUCUUUUUAAUGGGUAUUUAUAACUUACCUCCAAUAUGCAUUGGAUAUAUAGUUGGCGGUUUAAUUAUGAAGAAGUUCAAGAUUACUGUCAAACAAGCUGCCCACAUAGGAUGUUGGCUUUCUUUAAUUGAGUAUCUUCUUUAUUUUUUGUGUUUUCUCAUGACCUGUGAUAAUUCUCCAGUUGCUGGUGUAACCACCUCUUAUGAAGGAAUGCAACAAGAGUUAUAUGUGGAAAAUAUCCUUGCUGGCUGCAACAUGGCUUGCAACUGUCCGACUAAAAUAUGGGACCCUGUGUGUGGAGACAAUGGGUUGUCAUACAUGUCAGCUUGUCUUGCUGGUUGUGAGACAUCCAUUGGAACAGGAAUAGACAUGAUGUUCCAAAAUUGUAGCUGCAUUCAAACUUCAGGAAAUUCGUCGGCAGUUCUUGGGCUGUGUGACAAAGGACAUGACUGCUCCAUGAUGCUCCAGUACUUUUUAAUCUUGUCCAUGAUCAGUAGUUUCAUUUAUUCUUUAUACGCCAUACCUGGCUAUAUGGUUCUCCUGAGAUGUAUCAAGCCUGAAGAGAAGUCUCUUGGUGUAGGAUUACAUACAUUUUGCACAAGAAUAUUUGCUGGAAUUCCUGCCCCUAUAUAUUUCGGAGCUUUAGUGGACUCCACGUGUUUACAUUGGGGAACUUUGAAAUGUGGUGAGUCAGGGGCAUGCAGGAUAUAUGAUUCCACCAACUUCAGGUACAUCUAUCUUGGAUUGCCAGCAGCACUAAGAGGAUCAAGCUAUAUUCCAGCCUUUUCCAUCUUAGCUAUUUUGAGGAAGCGUCGUCUACCUGGUGAAGAUGUCUCUUCAGGAACUAUGCUUGUAGAGGCAAAACUUAUAGGGAAAGAAAAUGAAUGCAAAGAUAUGCACCAAAAUUCCAAAGUUUUGAAUGAUGAUGAGUUAAAAACUAAACUGUAAUGCUCUAUUAUAUCAUGCUUCCCAGAGUUGGAGCACACACUACAACUUAACUGUCUUUAAAAACAAUAGAGGUAC